AAAUAGCGAAAACCGCAGGCCAUAUAUAGCCAUAGGACGGGACCCUGCGCAGACUCGCUGACUCCUGCCUGCUUUGAGAAUUUUGCUUCGGCGAGAUUGGGAGAGACAACAAGAGAGAAGCCAGAGAGGAGGGAAAGUGAAAAGAAAAUGGGAGGAGGGUCGGUGAAGGAAUUGAAAUCGAAAGCCGAGCUGGAGAAGACAUUGGCAGAGAAGACAACGGUGAUUUUACACUUCUGGGCAUCAUGGUGUGAAGCUUCUAAGCAGAUGGACCAAGUCUUUUCUCAUCUUUCCACUGAUUUCCCUCAUGCCCGCUUCUUCAGAGUUGAAGCUGAAGAACAACCAGAGAUUUCUGAGGCAUAUUCAGUUGCUGCUGUGCCUUACUUUGUCUUCUUCAAGGAUGGUAAGAGUGUGGAUACCCUGGAAGGUGCUGACCCCUCAGCUUUAGCUAACAAGGUUGCUAAAGUUGCUGGAUCUGUCACUGCUGACGAACCUGCAGCUCCUGCUAGUUUAGGUAUGGCUGCAGGGCCAGCAAUCCUUGAAACAGUCAAGGAUUUUGCUAAAGACAAUUCUAAAGUGGAAAGCCAUUCACCUGGCACUGGAAAUGGGCUUAAAUUGCGAUUAGAACAGCUUGUGAAUUCUCAUCCAGUAAUGCUCUUUAUGAAAGGAAGCCCUGAGGAACCUAGAUGUGGUUUUAGCCGGACAGUAGUCGACAUCUUGAUGAAAGAAAAGAUCAAAUUUGGAAGCUUUGAUAUUCUGACGGAUGACGAGGUUCGUGAGGGAUUGAAGAAGUUCUCCAACUGGCCAACAUAUCCUCAACUCUACUGUAAGGGUGAGCUUCUCGGUGGCUGUGACAUUGUAACUGCUAUGCAUGAGAGUGGUGAACUUAAAGAAGUUUUGUUGGAUCAUGGAAUUGAAGCAUCUGAUUCCUCUAAAGCAGAAGCAACAGAACCUGGAAUGGGAAAGGGUGGCAUCUCUGAGGCCUCUGGUUUGAGUGCAGACCUGAACUCUCGUUUGGAUAGCUUAAUUAAUUCUAGUCCAGUUAUGCUUUUUAUGAAGGGGGAACCAGAUACACCGCGUUGUGGUUUUAGCCGGAAAGUUGUUGAUAUUCUGAGACAAGAGAAAAUAGAUUUUAAGAGCUUUGACAUCCUUACUGAUGAUGAAGUCCGUCAAGGCCUAAAAGUUUACUCAAACUGGUCCAGCUAUCCUCAGCUGUACAUAAAGGGUGAACUGAUUGGUGGAUCUGAUAUUGUGUUGGACAUGCAAAAGAGUGGAGAGCUCAGUAAGGUUCUUGCAGAGAAAGGUAUUCCUAAUGGGAUCACCCUGGAAGUGCGCCUUAAGCAGCUGAUAACUUCUUCUCCUGUGAUGCUUUUUAUGAAGGGUACUCCAGAUGCUUCACGUUGUGGUUUCAGCUCCAAGGUAGUAAACGCCUUGAAGGAGGAGGAAGUGGAGUUUGGAUCAUUUGAUAUUUUAACUGAUGAGGAGGUCAGGCAGGGAUUGAAGACCUUGUCAAACUGGCCAACCUUUCCACAGCUCUAUUACAAGGGUGAACUGAUAGGAGGUUGUGAUAUUAUACUGGAGCUAAAAAGCAAUGGCGAGUUGAAAUCUACCUUAUCUGAAUAGGUUUAGGAAAUGUAGGCUGAAGCGGUGCUACUCCCUACUACUGAUGGCUUAUUGAUCUAGAAGUCUUUAAAAAUGUUGUCCGCUGGAAAAUGGUUUCAGAACCCUUGUCUUAUAUUUCUGCCCUUUUUAGGGAACCUUCUUCAUGCUCUGGUUGCACAUUCCUAUAAUUAUUGGAGAAUAUUUUUGGAUCAUCA